AUGUCAGUCAUCGAUCAUCAUCAAUUUCAAUGCUCAAACACAAUUUGUUCACCAUUUAUUCAAAUCACUACAUUAGAUAUUCGUGGCUGUCAGUCCUUAUGUUUAAGGCAGGCUCAAUGUCAAGGAAUAACUUUUCAUCGGUCAACUUCAAAUUGUGAAUUAUUCGAUAACAUUAGAAACGAAGUGAAUAAUCUGUUGGUGAAUCUCGAUACGAUUACAAUGAUUGUUAUUGAUGGAAGUCGAAUUCCACCUAUUGAUAUUAAUUCAUCAUCCAGCACCAGCGUCUCAACGUCGACUUCAUCUACUUCCACAACGUCAACUACAGCAAACGCUUACAUUCGUCUGUUUCUCAAUCAGACGACUUAUAACAUGGCUACUAAUGCAACAUAUGUCGUUGUAAAAGAUAUUAAUCGCGAUGGUAAACCAGAUCUUAUCGCGGCAAGCUACGGUAAGAAUAAUAUAGGGGUUCGUUUCAAUACGGAUAAUGGUACGUUUGGUCUGGCCUCAUUGUACGCGGUUGAUGCUCAACCAGUAGCACUGGCUGUUGGUGAUCUGAAUAAUGAUAACAUAUCCGAUAUUGCUGUCGUAAACAAUUAUGGAUAUACCAUAAACAUUCUUCUUGGAAGAGGUAAUGGAUCAUUUUAUCCUAAAAUUACUUUGCCUGCUGGUACAAGUCCGAUGGCAAUAACAAUAGCUGACAUCAACCUCGACAAGAAGCCUGAUAUUCUUUACUCGGGUUAUUAUUCGUCUACUUGGGCUGCAUUCUUAAAUGAAGGUAAUGCUACAUUUUCGAAUUCAACUAGCUAUGGAGCUGCGUCACAUUCAUACGCGAUCGAAGUAAUCGAUAUAAAUAACGAUGGUAUAUUGGACCUUGUUACAACAAAUCAAGGUUCCGCCAGUGUAAGCAUUCGUUUUGGUCAAGGUAAUGGCACAUACGGCUCUCAAUGGUAUAUUCCAGUUGGAAAUGCCCCAUUUGGAAUAGCGAUUGCCGAUAUCGAUGGUAAUGUCAGCCCAGAUUUUGUUGUUUGUAACAACGGUGCAAACACCAUCAGCGUUGUGAUCAAUUGUGGAAAUAGUUCAUUUCAACCGCAAGUUGUUUACUCAGUUGGUAGUCAACCGAUCGCAGUGAGAUUGAGUGAUGUUGAUGGUGACAACUAUCGCGAUAUUAUUGUUGCGAACCAAGGUUCAAAUAACAUCGGAAUUUUGUUGAACAAGGGCAAUGGUACGUUCUUUAAUCAGACAACUUAUCCAGUUGGUGCAGCUCCAUCAUCAUUGGAAGUUGUUGAUCUCAAUAAUGAUGCUAAAGUUGAUAUUAUUGUUUCAAACUUUGACGAUGGUACUGUUGGUAUUCUUUUCCAUAUCUGA